AUGAGCAAUUUUGAUAAUGAGAUUCAAGACAACCAAAUAGAAAUUGACUUGUCCAUCAAUAGACAGAUUUUCUCCUUUCUAUAAUAAGGAAUCGAUCAAUUCAAUAUUUUUAUGGGUGAUAUUCCUCCCAUGAGGAAUGAUGGUUUCUUUGAAGAUGGAGAUAACUAAAUUUACUUUUCUUUGCCAAGACCUUUAUUGAGAGAUAGACUAUCACCAAGAGAAAAACCGCAAAACAUUUAGAAUUAUCUUCAAAAGCGCACCGACCCAAUUUAAAACAAUUAAUUUGAUCCAACACUACCUCAUAUCAAAGUUAGUUAACUUAAAAACAUGAACACACACCAUCAUUAUUUUAUUAAUGAAUUUGGUCUUGUAGAUUCAUAAAAAAAUACUAAUUCUGUUGACAUACUAAUCGGCCGAUAAUAUCGCCAAAAUUAAGAUAUAAUUCCUAAUGACAUAAUUUUACCUGAAGAUAGAGUGAUAUCCCGAAUCCAUUGUAAGAUAAUCUACAAUGAUUACUUCAGAAAACAAUAAAUACUAGAUCCUAUUUAUGCAAAAACCUUAGAACUUAUCAAACUCCCAGCCUAAAUAAAAUAUAAAAUUAGCUAAUUUUUAGAAAAUCCUAAAAUUGUGUAAAUAUAAGACCUGGGGAGCAUAUAUGGAACGUACUUGCGAAUCUUUAGAUAAGAACCUUGUGUGCUAAAAUAAGGUCAUAAAUUCAGUAUUGGAAGCGACACUUUUUUUAAUAUAUUGUUAAAUCACAAUUUGAAUCCUAAUCUCAAAGAUAUCGAUGAUGAAUGGUAUAGUAUAAUUAAACACUUAUCUACGUUGAAAUCUUCACAAAAACAUGAAAUUCAUUUGAGUGACUUAUUAAAUCAAAUCGGCAUUUUAGAGCCUCUUGAAUCCAUAAAGAGUCUUUCAAUUGAAGAUCUUUAUGCAAAAUUAAGGGAAUACUCAAUACCUAUUUUAAUUGUGAAAUUCCAAGGUCAAGGAGUAUAUAUUAAUAGAUCCAUAAAUUUAUUUGUAGGGCAGACUUAGACAGAUUCUAUUGACUUUUUCGUAGGGAGGGGAUCUGAAAAUAAUAUAAAGAUCAAUUCUAAUACGAUAUCGAGGAAGUAAUGUCGAAUUAAGUACUCUCAAAAGUUGUCAGCAUGGAUAAUAAACGAUGGAUUUUAAGAUAGAGAUUCUGCUAAUGGGACUUGGAUAAGUGUACAAACUGCAGAAUAAUCGGAAUAGAAAGCUGAAUCAAAUUUGAUAGAACUUCAUCAUAAUGAUGAAAUAAAGAUCAGUGAUUCCAUUUUAAAACUUGAGUUAUUUUAAGGCAAAAAAUAAGGAUUUGGAAAUAUAAUAAGCAAAUUUCUUCGGGAAUGAUAAUUAAUAAUUAAAUAAAAAGUGACGCUAUUUAUUUUUAUUCAUAAAAAU